AUGAAAGGCAAUCAAAGCGCAUGGAAAUGCAAAAUUAAACCCUAAAAUCAUGUAAUCAAGAGGUGUUGUCCGCAAGUACCUGUGUACCUAUUGUGAUUACGUGUCAUGUUGGGACGUGUGAACGGGUUUUAUGUAUGCGAGAAACUUUCAGAUGUAAUUCAUUAACAAAUCAUGGCCUGGAGAAUUAUUCAAAGCCAUUAAGUCAACAUGCCUUAAGACCCCUGGGGUGACACUAUUUAUUGAUCUCAUAAAGUGAAGUUCAGCAGGGAAAGAAAAUUAUGUAUUUGCUGUGGCGCAGUGCUAAAGCGGUCUGCUGUGGGGGAAGAGAGCUCACGUUGUAACAAGAGUUGUCGAUAAUGCCUGGUCUGGGAACGUGACAUCCUAGAGCCUUCACAUCCCAAACCUCUUCUCACAGUUAAGCGGUGGUCGCGAUGAAGCUGCUCCGCCAGGUGGGCUGGGGCAAGGCCCUGGGGCUGCUGCUCGCCGUGUGGCUGCUGGUGAUCGUGCUGGCCGCGUCGCCGGCGUUCCGCCUGCCCGGCGUCCAGGAGCCGGACUCCGCCGCCACCAGCCAGCGGCUCGCCAAGGCCUUCCGCGACCUCGACGCCCUCAAGAGGCAGAACCUGGAGCUCAAGAGCCUCGUCGCCAGCAUGAAGCUGGGUGAUGCGUCCUUGGGGCAGGAGCAGAAGGAAGCCAUGUAUGUGGACCUGCAGGAGAAGUUGAAGAAAGCGGAGAUGAUGUUUGAUCACAGUCCUGCCGCGGAGAAGCACAGCGUAGCUAUUGUGUCGAGAGAGGAACCCAGCGAGCAAUAUGAAAAGACGCGACGACGGAUUUCCAAUGGCGUGCAGGAAUUGUGGUACUUCAUUGAUGCUGAAAUCAAGAAGAUAUUGAAGCAGCAAGAAAUAAACCCUGUUUCGACCCAACUGGCUGCCAAGUUGACUCGCAUCUUAGAUAACGGCAUAGAACACAAGAGGUCCCUGCUGUCCGACAUGGGCUCGCUGGCGGAAGUGGAUGGGUUCGUGGCGUGGCGGGAGAAGGAAUCCCACGAGCUGAGCGAUCUGGUGCAGCGACGGCUCACCUUCCUGCAGAACCCACCAGACUGCGCCACCGCUCGCAAGCUCGUGUGCAACCUGAACAAGGGUUGUGGUUACGGGUGCCAGCUGCACCACGUGGUGUACUGCCUGAUGGUGGCUUACGGCACUCAGCGGACCUUGGUCCUCAAGUCCAAGGGCUGGAGGUACCACAAGGCGGGCUGGGAGGAGGUCUUCCUGCCCGUGAGCAACACCUGCACGGACGUCAGCGGGGAGUCGCACGGCCACUGGCCAGCGAUGCUGGAGACGCAAGUGGUGGACCUGCCCAUCAUCGACUCGCUGUCGUCGCGGCCGCCCUUCCUGCCGAUGGCGGUCCCCGCGGACCUGGCCCCGCGGCUGGGCCGCCUGCACGGGGACCCCUUCGUGUGGUGGGUGGGCCAGCUGCUGGGGUACCUGCUGCGGCCGCAGCCGGCCACCGCCGACAUGCUCCGCGAGGCGGGCGGCAGGCUGGGCUUCAGGCGCCCCGUCGUCGGCGUCCACAUCAGGCGCACGGACAAGGUGGGGACCGAGGCAGCGUUCCACUCGGUCGAGGAGUACAUGCUCUCCGUGGAGGAAUAUUUCAAUCAGUUCGAAAUGAAGAAUGGACCAGUGGACCAGAGACGAAUCUUCCUGGCAUCGGACGAUCCAAAAGUUAUCACGGAGACAAAGAAGAAGUAUCCCAAGUAUGAAGUGCUUGGAGACCCGGACGUGGCGAAGACAGCCUCCAUCCACACGAGAUACUCCGACCAGUCUCUGAACGGCAUCAUCAUCGACAUCCACUUCCUGGCGCAGUCCGACUAUCUCGUCUGCACUUUCUCAUCGCAAGUGUGUCGCGUGGCCUACGAGCUGAUGCAGACGAUGUACCCGGACGCGUCGGACCGCUUCCGCUCGCUGGACGACAUCUACUACUACGGGGGGCAGACGGCCCACAACCGCGUGGCGGUGCUGCCCCACCGAGCGCUGGACUCGCGCGAGAUCGACCUGGAGCGCGGCGACGCGGUGGGGGUGGCGGGCAACCACUGGGACGGCUACAGCAAGGGCAAGAACCUGCGCACCAACCGCGUCGGCCUCUACCCUUCCUUCAAGGUCGUGGAGAGGGUGCAGGCCGUCGACUUCCCCACGUACCCCAAGGUGCCCUUGAAGAGGACCGGCCUGUGAGGGGUGGUCGCCAGACCCCGCCAUCUUCGACUUGCAAACGUUCAACCACAACUUGCAGUACACAGAGUUACUACAGAUCAUGAAAAUAUCGAGUAAUGAACAGUUAACGUUGCUGCAAGUCAUGCAAAUUUAAGUAUAAGUUUUUGAAAAACAGUCAACUUAAAUUGUGUGAUGGUGCUGCUAUCACUAGUAUUUUUGCUGUAAAAUUGUAUCGCUGGUUGUGAAACGUCCGCUAGAAUGCGUUGACACCAGUUUUAACCUCGCGCAGGGCACCGUUCAUAACAAAAAAAAUAGCUGAUUUGUUUCCUUGCUGGGAUUCUUUGGACACGUUCUGGAAUACGGCCCACGAGCUAUGUUCUGCUUGUAUCCCAACGAGGCAGUGCUUAUUCGCUACCUUACCUGAACGUCUUGAAAAACCACCCUAAGUGGUGAACUAUUAUCUAGCAGCUAGUCAUUAUUCCUUUAAAGCAUUCCAUUUAAAUCUUGACUAUAUUUUAAUUAAGCCAAAUUGUUAUGGCCUUAAAACUGUUGAAACCGGAAUGGUGUCUUUCGCUUCCGGUAUUUCCCCCUUACCAAUCAGAUUUUACGUAAUAAUGUAUAAAAAAUUGGGAAGAUGUUGAUUAUGCCUUUUCAUACCAAAAUUGAUAUACGUAACUGCAAAAAGAAAAUUAAAAAAUGCAAGAUGGCUGGGUCUGACCUGUGUCAGCCGACCGCUGAUUGCAGGAGGACUCUCUACACCGACGUGUUGAACGCAGUGACAAGGCAACAUUGUCCUGAUUUCCGAGGUGAGUUUCUCACAGGAACAAACACGUGUCUGAAUUGUGUUUCUUUCUUGCCCGACGAAGUGUUUAACUGUUGCUGUCAAUUUAUCGUGUAUGGGUACACAUUCUUUUUUUUUACAUCACAUGAUCAAAUCAGAUCAACUUUGACGUGGUAUAGGUUGCUAUAUUUAUGCUUUAUUUUUAUUUUUAACUAAUUUAUUUUAUAUGUUUAGAAACUUUGUUGAGUUUUGUAGACAUAUGUACUGGUUAUUGAGGGUUCCCAUCUCUCCAUGAUAUUCCUUGGAUUAUUUGUUUUGUUUUUUUUUAGCAUAUGUCAUUAGACCAUUUGUGCCAACUAUAAAUUGUAAAAAAAAAUUAAUGUUUGACAUUAAAUUUGGCAAUAUAUAUAAUGUUGCAUCAUUUUAAUUAAACAAUAGAAUUUUAACUUGGUAAUUUUUUUUUCUUAUAAAUUUGUUUAAAUAAAUUAUCCAGAAAUUUAUAAUUUGCUAUUGUGGCAUUUAUAUUUCUGCCUGCAGUUAUAAAUUUUAAAUGUUAAGCUUUUUAGGGAGAUGUAAUUUUUGAGAAUUCUGAACCAUUUUGGUAAGGUCUCAAUUGACAGGAAAUACCUACAAGUCAUGAUUUGAUAGCAAAUCAACCGUUAUAUUAAUUUUACUUAAAAAUGUGCAAAAAAUUUGGUUUUUUAACUCUCAAAACUUCUAAACAUGCCAAAAUUGUAACUUCAAAGGUUCUUUUAAAAAAAAAAUGUAAACAGCCUUUAAAAGUGUUUCAAAAUUUUUAAAUAUAAAAGAGCGGGGACCCUGUAAUUUUUUUUUUACCUCACACAUUAUGAAUUUUUAUAAAUGUUUCUUUUAUAUACAUAUGAUCAAAUGUACGUAGCUGUGAGUCAAACAAGAUGCAUUGUAAAUACUGUAGUUUUAUAGUUGUAACUAUAUAUAAAAUAUUAUUAUUGUAAGUAUUAAAAACCUUCGCAGGAUUCCUUGUGUAUAGUUCUACAUGUACAUAGUGUGAUCUAUGGGUGCUUUCAGGUGCUCAAUAUGUGUUCAGAAAUGUCUCGUGUUCAGAUCACAAGUUUAGAAAGCUAUUCCAUAGGUUGUAGUGCCAGUUUAAUGCCAGGGGUACAAACCCCGUCUGUCACCCUCUGGUUACGUCCCUGGCGAGACCGACAUUAUUUGCCCAAAUGUUAGAUGUUAGGCAAUGUAAGCAUUUAUGAACAAGGUGUCAUUUGUUACUAUUUUUAACAUAAGGGACAAUAAAAUCCUCAAAUACCAUCAAAUUGUAUCUAUUCAAAAGACUUGAUAUUAGAGGAAAACUAUUGGGUAAAAUGUAGUAAAUUGAAAAAUUUAACACUUAACAACUCAGAAGUCUCUACAGUACCAUUCCCCAAUAUGUUUUUUUUUUACUUUCAGUAUGUAAUUAUGUAAAUAAAAUUACGAUCUGUAUUGGAUCUUUGUGAAACGAACAUUUAAUAGGUCGACUGUUUCAACACUAUAGUUAAUAUUUUUAUUUCUCAUACUUAUUUUUAUUUUUGACCCUUGAAACCUAGAUUUGGAUUAUAGGGAUGUAGUACGAGAUAUUCUUUGUGAUUCAAGUUUUGAGAUUGGAUUUGAAUAAUUUGAGAUCCAAUUCCACACUAAUAUUUUUUUUUUUAUGCAUAAAGACAGUAAGGUUUUUCUCUUUAUGCAUUAUUUAUAUUUUUAAUCUUCAAUGAAAAGUUGAAAACUGAAGAUGUGGUUUUGAUAUUGUAAUAUUUGUAAGAAACAUUUUUUUUUGGUGAAUUUUUGAAUUUUGCCAACUACAUGGUUUGCUAGUUUUUUUUACAUUUAUUGUUUUUAGGAUUGUUAAAAGUCAAUUUUUCAGGGAUAAGUUCAGGUCAUGAAUUUUUUAUUUUAUUUCUCAGAUUUAAAGCUGGAUAUAUAUGUUAAUAAAAAAAUUAAAAAAAAACUGUGGUAAAGAAAUCUUUAAUGAAUAUUAAUCAUGGGCAGUGUAACAGAUAACUUUUAUAAUAGGAAAAGUGGUGGUUUUUUUAUUAUUAUGUGACUUUAAAUAAAUAUGUAAUAUAUUUUAAUUUUUCAUACUUGUUUUCUUGCAAUUUAAUCAAAAAAUUUGUGAUUUAAAAAAAUUAUAAAUUUUGAGCUGUUGAUUUUAUUGUAUCCAAGUAGUUAUUUAAAUAGAAUUUUUUCAUAAGUGAUUGGGAAUGAAUGUUUGAAUAUGCAAUUAAAAGGAAAGAUUGUAGGAAAAUGAUUGUAAUCCAUUCACAAAAAAAAUUCUGGUAUGUAAUGUUAUGAUAGGUUAUGUAUCAUAUAAAAAACAAACAUAAGAUAUCAUAGCCAUUGAUCAGGUUUAUUUUAUUGUAUCCAAGUAGUUAUUUAAAUGGAAUUUUUUCAUAAGUGAUUGGGAAUGAAUGUUUGAAUAUGCAAUUAAAAGGCAAGAUUGUAGGAAAAUGAUUGUAAUCCAUUCACAAAAAAAAAUUCUGGUAUGUAAUGUUAUGAUAGGUUAUGUAUCAUACAAAAGACAAACAUAAGAUAUCAUAGCCAUUGAUCAGGUUUAUUUCAUGUUGUUUAACUAUUGACAAAAUAUAAAAACCUUUAAUUACCUAUAAUUUUGGAGUUGCAAUCUUCGGAAAAUGUACAUUGAGUCACAGUAGCAAUUUAAAUUUUAAAUGUUUAUCAAUUUCUUGUUGGAAUAUUAAGCUAACAAAAUUUUCUGCUGUAAAGUUUGCUUCUACGUAAGUUUUAAAUUUGAACAUAUAUGUAGUUACAUUUAAACAUUUAAAGCACUGUCCCACGCUUAUUCAGGUUCUCUGAUUGAUUAUUUAAUUACAUUUUUGGUUUUGGUGCUAUGCUGUACCAUUUAGGUAACUCCUCUAUCUAGCGGUUUGUAGGUAAUGCUUUGUAUGUAAAAAGUCAGCAUAGGGCUUGUACAUUUUUUAAAUUCUUUGCAAAGUUUCAAUUACUGUAAAUAAUAAAGUAAAAUUACGGCAGCUGUAGUUUUGCUGAACUAGAAAAAAAAAUUCUAAAAAAUCUUUGGCGAGGAAAUGAUAAACUACGAUACUCAUGAUCUUGCUAGAAGCAACACAUUUUUCAAAAUCUGCAAGUUUUUAGGCACUGUCGUGUUAAGCCUUUUUUGUACCCAUGUUGUAAUUUUUGGUGUUGUCACAGCAUGUGACAAGUUGCUAGGAAGACCAAUCUGACUGCUGUGCAUUAAAAUUAUUAAUAACCUUAUUCACCCGCAUAUGGGUCACACAUUUUAUGCCAAUUUUUUUUGUUUAGUAAGUAAUAACAUGUACUGCGAUGGAAGUUUUUUUUCACUUUGGUUAAAACGGAAUAGCAUUGCACUGUUGUGGUUGACUAUGUGCUUAAAUAACUAGCCUGUUUUGGUUUUUAAUAAAUACAUUACGGGCAUGAUUAAAUUGUUUAGUUAAAAUAUCUCAGCAAUGUGUGUAAAGAAUCAUGAACUGCACCGUUGUGCUUGUGUGUCUGUGUGAGUGCGUGUCUCAUCGGUGUGAAUGUCAGUGAACCGUUACCGUAUAAAAUCACCACGUUUCUACGUCGACAGGUUUUUUGUGACGCAACUGUGUCCAAACAUUGUUUCAUUCAUGGCAAAACUGCUGUAAAGGGCGUGCUUGUUUUUAUUGAAGGAACUGACAAAAAAAUUUGACAAGAAAAUAGCAUGCUGUCUUUUAUCUCUUGGGGAAAGGGACAGGUAAAAAAGAACUAUACAUGGGAAGGAAAACAUGGGUAUCAAAAAAAAAAGGACCUAGAGUCAACAUCAAUGCCAUGUUUCUUACGCAGCAAUAAGACAAGGGCCAUAAAGACUUCACGUGUAUAUUCUAUUGGAGAUGGAUAAGGUGCAACCCAUAUUCGAGGGUGAUUCUUUCCGUGAAAAUGUUUUAUAUUAUUUGCCCCAAAUUGAAGUUGCAGCCCAUACGCAGGUGCUACUCUUAUGCGGGUAAAUAUGGUACAAAUGUUCAAGCUUGGUUCGUAGCGACAAUAGCCCCUCCCGAGCCCGAAAAUGUGUUUAUUUAUUUUGGAGGGCGUAUUUUAUGUUCAUAUGUUAAACGUUUACUUUUCUUUCAUAAAUUUGUAUGGAACUAUUAAGGUUCAGUAUUUGAGAAUGUGAAUUUGUAAAUAAUCCAAGGUCAAUCUCUGGCUUAUUUAAUGGCAUGUUUUACAACUGUGUCCUUUCUUUGUAUGACAGUCCCACCCGAGAAGUCUUCCUGCAACUGCACCUGUGUGUGUUACAUUUGUUAUAGCGUUAAUUAUUUAAUUUGUGGGCCACAAGUUUAUGUUUUUAAGUAAUCACUUUUUUGUCCUCUCAAAUAGUUUUAAAUGAAUUUUGUGUUGAGUAUUUCAAAUUUUUAACUAUUUUUGUUUGUUAUAAACUGAGGCUAUAAAUGGUAAAUUGCUGUACUAUGUAUAUAUAAUUAAUUUUGUUAUACACAGGAUGGCUAGCAACAUGAAAAAUCUGAAAAAUUCAGGGGGAUUUCAGCUACAGGGAAAAGUUAAGAAAUUUAUUUUAAUGAUGAGGUUACUAAAAAAUUAAAGUUAUAGCAAAGGCAUAUUUUGAUUUGUACUAGUCCCCCUUUCCAACCCUAUGUAAGUGUUGAUAAAAAGCUUUUCAUCCUUUUUUGUUCAUAAGUGUACCAACACUUUGAUCCCAUGCAUUGAAGUGCUAUCAACAUUAGUGAGUCAAAAUAAUAUUUGCUUGUUGCGACAGCAAAGUGUGGUAUGCCUACAAUUCACCUUCUUUCUUUCUUUCUUUCUUGUAACAGCACGAUGACCGAGCGAAGAUUGGUUCACUAAAGUUGAUUGUUUAGUUACACUGAAUUGUAUUUCAGUUCACUUUGUUUCAAUAUUCAUGGAAGUAUCAUUUUAUAUACAUCUCAUCUUUGAAAGAUGGAAUUAUAAAAGUCACGGUAUCUAUGCAGCAGUUUUACAUAAUUUUUUUUUGUCAAAUGUUAUUAAGUUGCCUUCAUUACUCUAUCUUGCUUUACAAAAUUUUUUUAUUACUCUUUAUUUUUUUAUCAUGUACUCUAUUUAUAAAAUAUUCAAAUGUGAUGAUGAUUCCAGUUGCAUGUCUCAUUGAAAUGCUGAAAGCUUGAUUGUAAACAUGAUGAAACAAUUUCUUUAAUUUCAAGGAGACAAUAAGACACUGUGACUACCUUGGAAGGAUUGAGCAGUGUGUGUAUCAAGAAACCUUUCAGUUUAUUAUAAAUGCUUAUGCUUGAAAUAAAGAAUGAAGUGAAUAGCAA